AAAUCUUUUAUAAAUAAAUCAAUCAGUUGCAUCAAUAUAUUUAGUAGUUUGCUAUCCUUUACAUUUUUAAAGAAUGAAAGUACACUUGUUUUUCGUUGCUUUGGGUAUUAUUUGUAAUCAAGCAGUUUCGCAAAGGUUCGGUUAUCCUCUUUCAAUUAAUGGACCUAUGAUACCACCUCGAUUAAAUGGCAUAAAAAAGAGAUCUUCAUUUAGAUUCAGAAGUGGUUUUCGUCAUCCAUCAAAUGGGCCAUUAUUUCAGCCGCCAGCAUAUAGAUACAAAUCUCAUCCCUUCCAGACACUAGCCCCUCCAAUGACAAAUCCAUAUGUGCUCCCACAUCAAGCAUCUGCAUCUACAAAACCUUAUGGGCCCCUUAUGAAAGGGUUUCCACAAAAAAGAAGCAGGCAACUAAAUAAAAUCGGGACAGAAGAAUCAAGUGGACAAAUGUACUAUUUAAUUCCUCCAAGUGAUAUCAAAUAUGACCCUGAAAAGUCCGCACUUAAACUGGUCCCGCAGCCUUAAAAAUCCAACAGCACCGCAAAAUUCAACACUAUAUUAUUUG